AUGGACGCACCUAUUACGUUGACGCAGCGCGAGCUGCUUUCGCUUUCACCUGAAGUCCGUGCCCAAGUUCGAGACGCAACAACGAGCCGCCGCGUGGUGCCCAACGCCAACGACAAAGCUGCCGCGGCCGCCAAACCAGUGCAGCAGCUAUUUGCUGACGACCUACCCGCAAGCAACGCGCUACUCGACACAUUAGAAGAGCAGAAAAGAAGGGACUCACAAAACACUGCCUUUUUCGACUCCAUGCCCGCCACGUUUGUCCAGUCGGCUCAGCGCGAGCUUCCACCCAAUGCCUUCGUCGUUCCGGACCCCUUCGAGACAUUCUACGCCGCCGGUGAGAUGCCCAAAGACCUUGUCGUCUCCCUCGAGUCGUCCGCAAUCCGCUCUAUACUCCCCAUAGUCGAUAAUCGACUCCGCAUCGAGUCCAUCUUGGAUGGCGGCUCGCAGAUUAUCGCUAUGUCCGACGCGGUUUGUCAUGAACUGGGCCUUGUUUACGACCCCACCAUUGUACUUCAGAUGCAGUCUGCUAAUGGCUCAGUCAAUCCAUCACUCGGACUUGCGCGCAACGUACCCUUUGGGAUCGGCGACAUCACCCUAUACCUCCAGAUCUCGAUGAUUUGA